AUGCAGUUUUAUUGGACAUUGCCUCGGGCGUUCUAGCGGGGAAACUAGAUACUGUACAAUGUAGUAAAUACGAAUCUAAUUAGAAUAGGGUACGCACCUUACGCUCGGCUUGGUUAAAAUUGCUCUUACAAAUCCAGAAAGCCCUGGAGCGGAUGCACAGCUCUCGUGGCGGUGCUCAACUUUUGUUACAAAUGAUUAUUUAUUAGUUAUGUUUUGUCUCCAAAACUAUUUGAAAUGAACGCCUGUCAAGUUCCUUGUUGAAUGUAAAUACAUUAUAUACAAGCGAAAGAUAUUCGUCUUUAUUACAAAUCCUUAUUACAUUUAGGAUUAGAUAUCAUCAUGAAGUGCUAGGGUAAUAUUCAAUCGUGGAACUUUUCACAACUGACGAGUAUUUCGAUGGAGAACAAGGCCAUGUACCUGAGCUCGUACGAGGAGCGGGAGAAUGGAUCCUUCUACGAAGAGGGCUACGAAGGGAUGAACAGCAGAAACCUGUCCAAGCUGAACCUGUGUGAAGAAGUCGGCUCUUCCAAGAGGAGACGAAAGGCUGACGGCUGCUGUGCCCACCUGGACUCCCUGUCGGCCAUCAAGUACGCCAUCGUCUCCCUGUACAUCCUGGUGCUCCUCAGCAUAUUCGGCCUCUGCAUCGCAGUUUCCAGGUCACAGGCAUCUUCGGAGAAGCAGGAAGCCAUGAUCGAGAACGUGACUCAAAUGGGCGAGAGGUACCGGGAGCUGCAGCAGUCCGUGGGCCAGCUCUCCGGCCAGACCGACGUGCUGGAGAACAUCUGGAAGCUGGAGAACCUCUUUCAGAACCACUCUCAGACGCUGGUGCAGCUGGACCUGGCGCUGCGCAGGCUGGAGCAGGACGUGCGCGGCCUGCAGGCCCGGUCCGAGGAGACGGCCGGCUCGGUGUCGCGGCUCUCCGAGCGCGUGGGGGGUGCGGACGCCCCCCCCGGCCGGCAAAACGCCAGCAGCCUGAGCGAGGGCCUGGCGCACGCCGUCACCUCCCUGGAGACGCAGGACGCCCUGCUGAGGGAGACGUCCAGCCAGGUGGGCGGCCUCAGGGACAGGCUGGAGGACAUCGGCUGGACCAUCAACCGGACCUUCUACAGCGACAUCAGCAUCCACCACCUGAAGAUCCAGGACCUGCAGGUCCAGAUCAGCAACGUGACGCAGAACGCCAGGACUAUGAGGGUGGCGCAGGUCCACAUGGAGGAGCAGCUGAGGAACGAGAUCGAGAUCCUGAACACCAUCACCGAGGACCUGAGACUGAAGGACUGGCAGCAGUCUGUGGCUCUGAAGAACCUCACUCUCAUAGAAGGGCCUCCGGGACCAAAGGGUGAAAAGGGAGAUGUGGGGCCCCUAGGGGACCCAGGAUUACCUGGCCUGCCCGGGAUUGCAGGGUUCCCCGGGGAAAAAGGAAUCCAAGGUCCACGUGGUCUAAAGGGCCCAGCCGGAAACGGCGGACUCCCCGGGACCAAAGGUGAAAUGGGACCCAGAGGGCCAAAAGGUGAAAGAGGAGAAAGGGGUCAAAAAGGCGACAAAGGAGAUAGAGGGGUCCUGGGUGAAAAGACAGUGGAAGAGACCCUGCUGAGGCUGGUGAACGGCUCCGGUCCACACGAGGGACGGGUGGAGGUGUUCCACGAGAAGCGCUGGGGCACCGUGUGCGACGACGUGUGGGACAAGAAGGACGGCGACGUCGUCUGCAGGAUGCUGGGCUACAAAGGAGCCAGGGAAGUUCACAAAACCGCUCGGUUCGGCCAAGGCGUUGGACUGAUAUGGAUGGACGACGUGGCCUGCGCUGGCACGGAGGACACCAUUCACCAGUGCAAGUUCUCCGGCUGGGGCAAGACCAACUGCGGACACGUGGAGGAUGCCGGCGUCACGUGCAUCAUUUAGCGUACCCGGCUCCCGGACCUCACCGAGCUCACCUUAGCGCCCGCGGAGCUACAGCUAACAGGCGGCGAGGUAGCGAGGUAGCGCGUAGCGACUGCACCCUCCCACGCCCAUGUGCGAUUGAUUUAAGAGCCUGUCUCGCAAACAGGUUUUGACUUUGGGCUUCAAACAUGCCACUGGGUCAGCAAUCGCUCAUGUUUUAGUAAGCGUUAGCACAGCAGGUAUUACUGAAGGAGCCCUACUGCCAUAAGGAACCAACCAAAAGACAUAAUAAACAAAUGCAAGCCCACGUUAGGACAAUUACAAAGAACAGAGCCAUCAAAUGGCUUACAUUAAAAUGCAUAUGAUCUCCUGAUACAAUGAGAUCUGACAAAGCCUGUCAAGCUUUGUUCCAUUAUUUGGAGCCAAUGACCAAGCACUGUUUUUAUGACUAAGACUUGUGUGUUCUCUCUGAACAGCUCAUUUUGAUUUUAAUAAAGGAUUGCCAAACAUGCCUCUCAAGUCCUUGAAAAGUGCUUGGGUGGUUUGAAAAAAAAAACACUGCUUAGUUUAUAAAUGAGAAUGAGUACUGUAGCACCAAAAAAGGCUAAUUCAGACUUCAGAGAAGUUUAACAUUUGAAAGGAAAAUCUGAUUAAAUAACAGUAGCAUGUAAAUGAUAUGAAGUAAAACAUAAUUGAGCAAAAAUAACACUUUUUAGGUAAAAACUGUAAAGAAAAAAAAUCAUGUUUUUGGUAGAUCUUUUUUCACUUGUUUAGAUAAUGGCAGAAGAGGGUGAUAACAUAGUUGCAUGUGUUGCAACAGCCUACCAAAAAAAAAAAAAAAAAGAAGAAGACUGCAGAGAAACUAUGGACCAAACUAAUUAUAUAUUUUUCAAAUAAAGAAAGAGGUGAAACAGCAAGCUAGGGUAGUGUCCAGGAUGGGGCUUCAUAUGUAGAGAGGUGGUCAUUCCAAUGUGUGAUAUCAAUAAACACAUUGUUCACAGACGAAUUAAGUGGCUGAGCACUGAAUGGAAAUCCCUAAAGCAAGUACUGUGGUUCAACAAUAGUCCACCCCACCGUUGAACAGUGACAUCUCCAUUAUCUUCUGGCUGUUUUUGGCCCUCUUUCUCCCAUCUCCACACGACCAGACAGGGAGCUUGUACAAUACACAGGGCCUGAAUGACAUUGACACUGCAUGUCGAGUCUCACUGACAUUCAUGGAGUCCAUUGCCAGCAAAACGCUAUAUGGUACACCAGUGUGUUCUCAUUAACAAUGCCAACAGCCAAAGAUAACAAGUGCUCUUCUCUGCUUAUUUUCACUUAAAUUCUUCAUACACUCCUCCAGGGGACUAAAUCCCCUUUCCAAAAGCUGGAAGGCAUCUUUUCUUACUUCAUUUUUAUUCUACAGAAAUCUUUACCUAAAAAACAUGUACUCUAGUAUUGUAACGAGAGGUAUUUUUUUUAUACGAUUGCUGUAAUUAUCCUACCCUGUUUCCUCACAUAUUCAGCUUGUUAAAUAUGGUGGGAGAGCUCAGUUUGCGCAGAACUGCAAUUGUUUUAAAAAUCUGGCAACUUGAAUGCGGUUGGUUCAUUUGAGCCAGAUACUGUUUUGCUGUAAUUUUUUGACUGGGAAAUAAGGUUCCUUUUCAAGUGCCUUAACUACAUGUAUGUUAUCAAGAGUAUGUGUCUGUAAUAUGUUUUUUUUGUGAGCACGUUUGUUUAACUUUGAGUCAGGGCUUCAACUUUGUGAAUUUAGGAUCAAAUUCAAAACCAUUUUACUUUUAAGAAAUGCUUUAAGCUCCAUGAUACUUUCUAUGCAAAAGCAUUACAGUGUCAUGCAAAAUCCUUGAUGAAUCAAACCAACGUUAGGAUAUCUCUGUGACCUCAUUUUAAAGUUAAGAACUCAUCUCCCUUUGUGGGGGCAGUAGCCAACUCUUCCAGGAUAUUUGAAAUAGAAUGUCAAGUUAUUAAUAUUAAAUAUUAACAUCUUACUUCUAAGUCUCUGUGACAAAUCAUGCAUGAAAGAAUAUCUAGAGAGAUGCCAGAUUAACUGAAUGACAGCUCUGUUGUCUACACAAUUUUUUGGAUGAGACUAAUUCUUUUUGGCUGUUUGUUUUGUUGUAAUGGCACUUUGCUGAGAAUUUUGGCAUUUGUCCAAUAUUCCCUCUUCAGUUCUGACUGGCUUUAUAAUGUAACUGUUUUUUAAAUCUGGUAUGAACAGUACAUAAAUAAAUAUAUCUGAUGAGAACUUAUUUAAAAUUGUAUUUUUUAUUAUAUGCAUUGCAAAAAAUGUUAUGAUCUGAAAGACAUCUACUUGUGAGUUAAUCAUUGUGAAUAUCAACCUUUCAUAAACCGUUUGGAGAGAAAAUAAAAUACACUUUUGUUAA